AUGUAUUUCUGGGGGUCAGAAAUACAAGAAGCUGCUGUAAAAAUUCAGCAGCAAAUGUCUGACAUCCCCCAAUGUUCUGUAUUCAGCAUCACCAAAGUCCGGCCCCAGCUAAACGCACUCUACUUUAACAGCGUUCACUCCUGCAACUCAGGGCAGAGGAGUGUAGCGGAAGUUGUGUUUGUGUUUCCGGGUUGUGGAAGAUGCUACGACCUCCGUCCCAUUGUUUACAUUUUACCUCGUGAUGUGGACGGCGGAGUAAAAGGCGCCAGUGUUUGGUGUCCUUCCAGAGAGAAACAUCACAAACUGCUGCAUGAGGUUUUAAAACCUGAAGCGAAGCUACAAAGAGCAGGUCGGGGAGAAGUCGAGGAGAGACACUUCAACAUGAACUCUGAGAGGAAACUGUCAGCUGGCCAGCAGAGAGAUGUCCAGAAAGUGAUUGUUGGUGAAGAACAUCAGCAGGAGUGGAGCUCCAGUCUGGACCAGGAGGACACAAAGCCCCCCAACAUUAAAGAGGAACAGGAGGAACUCCAGAUCAGUCAGGAUGAAGAGCAGCUUCAAGGGCUGGAGAAGGCUGAUAUCACCAAGUUUCCAUUCACUCCUGUCCCUGUGAAGAGUGAAGAUGAUGAAGAGAAACCUGAGUUCUCACAGCUUCAUCAAAGACAAACUGAAGAGAUAAAAACAGAAGCUGGUGGAGAGGACUGUGGAGGACCAGAACCAGCCAUGAAAUCAGAUCCAGAUACACAUUUACAACCAGAUACUGAUGACCAGACUGGAGACUCUUCUGAACCUGAGACUGAUGACAGUGUUGAUUGGAAGGACACCAGAGAACCUCAGUCAGGUUUAAACUCUCUGAAUGAUGAUAGAUUCCCUGUUAGUGAUUCAAGAUGUACUACUGGUGAGAAAACAUUUAGCUGCUCUGAGUGUGGGAAAAUAUUUGGCACCAGUAAAAAUCUAAAGAGACACAUGAGAACUCAUAAAGGCGAGAAAGCAUUUAGCUGCUCUGAGUGUGGGAAAAGAUUUGGUUGGAAGACAAGUCUGGAGAGACACAUGAUAACUCAUACAGGAGAGAAACCAUUUAGCUGCUCUGUCUGUCAGAAAACUUUUACAGCGAAGGGGAGUUUAAAGGCACACAUGAGAAUCCACACGGGAGAGAAACCAUUUAGCUGCUCAGUCUGUAAGAAAACUUUUACAGUGAGUGGAUGUUUACAGAAACACAUGAGAAUCCACACAGGAGAGAAACCAUUUAGCUGCUCAAUCUGUCAGAAAGCUUUUACAGUGAAGGAAAGUUUAAAGAAACACAUGAGAAUCCACACAGGAGAGAAACCAUUUAGCUGCUCAGUCUGUAAGAAAGCUUUUACAGAGAAGGGAAAUUUACAGGCACACAUGAGAACCCAACACGUGAGUGUUACAAGCGCCCCCCUUGUUUUGGUUCUCCCUGCCUCUACUCAGGUGAUCCUGAUUUGAUCGUUAGUGGCUGCCCCCCCCCCGUACUUAAGGAAGGCUGGAGGACUCUUUUUCAGACUGAAGCAGCUGUGCACCAGUGUGUUUAUUUUUGGGGGGAUUGAGAUCUGAGGGGUAUGGCACACAACCAAGAUGAUAUUUGGAACUAAAUUCAUGAUAUUUGCUUAUUGUACUAUAAAUACAGAUGUAUAAAUAGUAAUUGAUAAUGAAAUAAUUGAAAGUCUGAAAA